AUGGUGACAAGAGCACCAGAAUUUGUGCGUGAGCUUUUGGUGGAUCAGCCGCUCAAAGAAUUAGGCGAAUUGUAUGAGAAUUCACUCAAGGCGAUGCUAGUAUGUGGACUGGAGUUUUAUCUCUCUGCAUCACUCGUGGCGUCCUUCUUUCAGUGUCCGGAUGAGAUGGUUCAAGCCGAGCAGGAAUUGCAAACGCUGUAUACACUGGCAUGGGUACCCGUUUUCUUUGCAAUUAUCCUCGUCUAUGGACCUAAAAUCUCCAGCUCAAUGUUCCCAUCACCUGAAAAUUUUGAACGCAAUAUGCUGCGGUGCAAGAUAUUCACGUGGUUUUACGCCUUUGCUUUUCUCAUUUGGGACCCCGAUAUGGUCAUCAAGACGGGCCCGUCAUUGGGUGUAUCCAUUCUCUUUUGUAUCACUGAUAUCGGGCGCUUUAUCAUGGACAUGAAGCACUUGACGGAUGUGGAGUAUGAUGAGAAUGGCAACUCGUUCAUCAUCCACAAUACGACUCCACGUCAGACCGAACAAGAGCAAAAGCAAGAACAGGAAGACCGACAAUCUCUGCAGCAACCACAGCAACAGAGCUACACGGUCCACAUGAUUGGUGGUGAUAUUCGAGUGCCACCAAAGAGAACGGGCUUGAAUCGACAACAGGGCUUUCAACAGUUAGACGCAAGUCAGCAACAGCUUCAACAAGGACAAGCACAGCGUGCAAGUCAUCAGCAGGGAUCGUCAUUUGAUGCUUCUCAUAAGCAUGGCAACCAAAGUCUAUUAAAACAACCACACAAUGGUAAUCGUGGUCAAGACUUGAGUCUAGACAAAUCUCCAACGGUCAGUAAUAGCGAGUAUGUUGCCGUUCUGGAGCCUACGACCGACAAGGAGCUUGCCGAGCUAAUUGCCAAGAAGUCGUUUACGUAUGAGUUUUAG